UGUUGCGUUGGUUUCCAAUGAUUGCAGAAACCCAAAGAACAAUCGUUGAUUCAAUCACCACUCCGAUGAUUCCUCCGCGUCUCCGGCGUCGCUAGUCGCUGUAGCUCCGUCGCCUCUCUCCUUCGAUUCAGCUUGUCGAAAAUUCAAAAAACGACACAUGGAACCUCCCACUCCCGGCGCCACUAGUGACGAUAGGUUUUCGAAUCCAAACGCAACCGCCACGACCUCAACCUCAACCUUCACUUUCAGCUCCCCUUCCGUUUCGGGCCUGUCCAGGCCCAGAUUUGUCAAGGUUCGCAAGCCCAACAACGCCCCCGCUUUCAAUCCAUAUCGCAACGGUGCCGCUGCCAAUGCCGCAUUCGCUCCUCCGCAUCCCGAACCUGAAAUCGCCGAUCGAUUCGGGAAUCUCAAUAUCGGUGAGCCUUUCGACGCCACACGCCACGCCGAGUUCGUAUUUACGUCCUCUGCUUCUUCCCGUGUUGACGAAAACUCGGUCUCCCAACAGAUGAACAAAUUGAAGAUUGCAACCGAAGACGGAACAGGUUUUAACGUAUCGGACCUACGCGAUGAGCUGAAGAAGAAAUUGAGUAUUAAAGAAGGAGGAGGUAGCAAUGCAGUUGCUGAGAGCUCGGCGAAUGAUUUUAUAUACCAAAUGAAGAAUCUGAAUGUGAAUGACUCUAUCGGUAGUAAUGCCUCUAAGAGUGAAGGUAACGCGACUCUGUUUGGAAAAUGUGAAACGGAAGCGGAGGGAAUUUUGUUGAGGAAGUUGGAGAAGUUAAACCUAGUUAAGGAGAAGAAGGAGGAUUGUGUUGAGCCGAAUUUGUGCAAUCCUUUUAGAGAGGGAAUUCACCGAAGAGAUGCGAGUGGAGAUUCCGCUCGAGUUUCUGAAGACAUUGGAAUGUCGCAAAGUGCUGCAUCAGCUUCAUCCUCUGUGUUCUUUCAACCUGUUGGAGUUGGCAAGAGGGAGGAAUUUGUGUUCACUGGUAAACAAGAUAGUUCAGGUUCAUCUUUUGUUGAGUUUAAAACACCUGCACCAAAAAUUGGCAAAGAAGGGAAACUUAAGGAAAAAGGUAGCAAAAUGAGAACGAGUAAAAGUAGGGAAAAACUGAAGCAUUAUACCUCGGCCCAGCCAUGGCGUGGACAGGGUUUUAUUUUUAAAGGAAGCGUUUCGCAAGAGGAACCGCAGGGUUCUUUUGAGAGUUUUUCACCAAUGGAUGUGUCUCCCUAUCGGGAAAAACUGGCUGAAAAUGAAAGGUCAAGGGAAAGUUCUUUGACAUCCAAUGAGUCAUUCAGUGUUGAUAACAACCCUGUAGUUAAUGAUUCGGUACCGACCACUUCUAUUGAUCCCAUUGAUGAAGAUUUGAUUACUGCGGCAGAGAGCUUGAAUAUAAAUGGGGGUGAUGGUGCAAGCAGAGACACAAAGGAGGAAAGUUUAGAGUAUCAAAUACGUGAAAAUACUUGUGUUGAAGACCCAAAGGAUGAGUCGAUUUCUGGGGUUGAAACUGAAAGCUUUAAGUCUGCCAAUGAUGAAGUGGACAUAACUAGUGAUGCGGCUGGUGUAUCAGUAGAAACUGAAGCACAUAGCAGUGAUGGAAUGUUGCAUCUUGGUAGUGCUUUGAGUUCAACAAACGUAAGUGGGUCUGCCUUCACAUUUGCUGCUUCUUCUUCGGCUGAGGCUCAAUCAUGUAGUCCAAAACGUCCUCACAAAAAGAAAAACUGGGCAAAUGUUGGUCACGAUUCUUAUAACCACUUACCAAGCAUAAAGGUUCCUUGUUCGUCAUCGUCUGUGGCAUUUUCUCCGUUUUCUGGAACUCCAUCUCUUUUCACAUCAGGGCAAGGUUUAAAACCCAAGGUAUCUUCUCAACCCAAAACAAGGGAUUUUGAUGAGAAUGAGGAGCAGGGGGCAAAGAAGGCUUCUGCUUCUAUUUCUGUUACAACCAUUGCUGUUCAGGAAGCAUGUGAAAAGUGGAGGCUCCGAGGAAACCAAGCCUAUAAAAAUGGGGAUCUGUCUACGGCUGAGAAUUGUUACAAACAAGGACUUAGUUGUGUAUCUAAAGAAGAAGCAUCCCGUACCUGUCUCAGGGCUUUGCUGCUAUGUUACAGCAACCUUGCUGCCACACACAUGUCUCUUGGUAGGAUGAGAGAUGCACUAGAAGAUUGUAAGAUGGCUGCUGAAAUAGAUCAAAAUUUCCUAAGGGUGCAACUUAGAGCUGCAAAUUGUUGCCUUGCUCUGGGAGAAGUUGAAGGCGCAUCACAAUAUUUUAAAAGGUGCUUGCAAUCAGGAACUGAUGUUUGUGUGGAUCGAAAAAUUGCCGUGGAAGCCUCUGAUGGCUUACAAAAGGCACAGAAAGUAUCAGAUGUCAUCAAUCAUUCUGCUCAACUUUUGCAAAGAAGAACAUCCUCUGAUGCAGAGAGAGCAUUAGAACAUAUUAAUGAGGCGUUAAUGAUAAGUUCAUACUCUGAAAAAUUGCUUGAAAUGAAAGCGGAGGCUCUGCUUAUGCUUUGUAGAUAUGAGGAGGUGAUUCAGCUGUGUGACAAGACCCUUGAUUCUGCUGAGAAGAAUGCCUGUCCAUUGGAUGCUGGUUGCCAAAUCACAGAUCUGGAUAAUUCACAACUCUCAAAAGGCUUCUACUUCAGAGUGUGGCGAUGCUCAAUGAUGCUUAAAGCCCACUUUUACCUAGGGAAAUUUGAAGAAGGUCUUUCUUUGCUGGAGCAAUUAGUGGAAAAGGUGUCUGGCAUAAACAAGAGCGGAAGCAAGGUUUUGGAUUCACUCAUACCACUGGCUGCCAUCAUACGUGAGCUCUUGCAUCAUAAGACUGCAGGAAAUUCAGCAUUUCAGUCUGGAAGGCAUGCAGAAGCUGUUGAACACUAUACAACUGCUUUGUCAUAUAAUGUGGAGUCUCGUCCAUUUGCAGCUGUCUGUUAUUGUAAUCGUGCCGCUGCAUAUAAAGCUUUAGGUCAAAUUACCGAUGCUAUUGCAGAUUGCAGUCUAUCUAUAGCUCUUGAUGGAAAUUAUUUGAAGGCACUUUCUAGACGUGCAACUCUGUACGAGAUGAUCAGAGAUUAUGCUCAAGCAGCCAGUGAUCUUAGGAGGCUUGUCUCUCUUCUCAGCAAGGAUGUGGAGGACAAUAAACUUGGAAUAACUGAUAAAUCAAUUAAUUAUGCUUAUGAUUUGAAGCAAAAUCGCAUUCGUCUUUCUGAUAUGGAAGAAGAAGCCAGAAAGGAGAUCCCUCUUGAUAUGUACCUCAUUUUGGGAGUUGAACCAUCUGUUUCGAUAUCUGAAAUCAAGAAGGCCUAUCGGAAAGCUGCACUUAGACACCAUCCAGACAAGGCUGGCCAGUCGUUGACCAGAAGUGACAAUGGAGAUGAUCAGAUAUGGAAGGUUAUUGCUGAAGAAGCACACAGAGAUGCUGAUAGGCUUUUCAAAAUAAUUGGGGAGGCAUAUGCCAUCCUGUCAGACCCUGACAAGCGGGCACGUUAUGAUGCAGAAGAAGAAAUGAGGAAUUCCCAAAAGAAACGGUAUGGACCUAUGGCUAGAAAUAAUGUGGAUGCUCAGUAUUAUUACCCGUUUGAACAAAGCAGCAGAAGACAGUGGAGAGAGGUUUAUAGAUCAUAUGGUAAUCCAUCAUAUCGAGGUUCUGAACCUGGCCGAUCAAGUAGGAAAUAAGAAAAUCUGCAUGAAAUGUUAAUCCUGUUUGACUCUUUAAAUGUGGCCUAGUUAGAUGGUGCCUUUUAAGUUAUCCGCUGCAAUUGGCCUUCUGAAUUUCGGCAUUAUGCUGAGUUCGGUGCUGCAUUGAUCCAGCUGUUACGCGGCUUCCAUCCUUCGAGUUAGGAGAGGUCCAACAGGUACACAAUUCUGCAACUGAUGACAUAGCGGUUGGAGAAGAAGCUUAGCUGGUCAAUGCAUCCAGUUAGAAUUUUUCUCUUGGCAAGAGAAAGACUGCAUAAGAAUUUUGUCUUCUUUUACAGCUGACCACGACUUUGAGCGAGGACUUGGUGUUUUAACUUGGCUGCUAAAACCCAGCACAGGAAAAAGAAGCUUGAAAAUUUUGCAGUGGUUGAGUGAGGGCUCUGAUUUUUUUAGAUAUGUAAAGUUUAUCGACAUAAGUUGAUGUUGAGAUGAACAGACGAAAUUAAAUUGCUAUACCACAACGAUUGUAAUUAACAAAACACAGUUGGGCUUGUGUAAAAAUAAUUCAUUUUUUGA